GUUAUAUGUAUGCUGUGGGUACGAAACUAUUAGAAACUAUCGUCAUUGUCUUACAGGAGUAGAGCUAGACCAAGCUCGGUGCCAACAUACAAGGAAACCUUCUAGAGCAAAGCCAUAUCUCCCUUUAAGCGACAUUCUUACCAGUGGAAACGAUUGUGCGAUGCCAUUAUAGCGCGUAGGCUUUGAUAAAGAAGCUCCCGCAGUCAUGGGGAGCGGCAGCAAGCGUGCUCGCGAGCCAUCGCGCUCUCGGAGUCCGUCGAGGAAGAAGUCGUCCGAUAAGAAGUCUGAAAAGCACAGAGACAAGGACAAGGAGAAAAGCAAGGACAAGGAUAAGGCCCGUGCCGAUGACUCCGCUCGCAAGGCCUCCCUAAAGCGCAGCCGCUCACGCUCUCGCUCAGCCUCGCGCUCCCGCUCUCCUCCUCCAGCGGAUAAGCACGACAAAAACGACAAAAACGACAGCCGUCGAAGCGAUAAGUACGGCAGUAGCAGGCGCAGCCCCUCUCGCAGUCCCUCUCGUCGUGACCGGGGCUACUCCCAGCACGACGAUAGAGAGACACGGGACUACCGCGACCGUGAUCGUGACCGAGAAAGGGAUCGGGAUCGGGACCGGGACCGGGACUCGUACCGGAGCUCACGGGAUCACCGGGAACGCGAUCGGGACCAUCGCGAUCGUAAUCGGGACAGGGAACGCGAGCGCGAACGGGAAAGGGAGCGGGAACGGGAGCGUGAGAGGGAGAAGCGCAGCCGAGGCGGCAAGCGGCGCUCCCGCUCCCAUUCUCGCUCCUCGUCAUCCCGCAGCCGAUCCCCAGAGCGGAGAAGCCAUCGGGACCGGGAUCGUGGCCGUGACCGCGUCCGGGGUCGGGAGCGGUCUCGCUCACGUGGCCGGGACAGGUCCAAUGACCAGUACGGUGGCGGGUCUAGAUCUAGAUCCAGAUCACAUAGCCGCUCCUCGACCUCCAGUGGCAGUAGCAGCGACAGCAGCGGCAGCGAGCGGAGCAGGAGUCCGCCUCGCUCGCCCUCUCCUGCGCCCCGAGGGAGGGAACGCAGCCGAAGCAGAGAUCGCAGCAAGGGCAGGGACAGGGAGCGGGAGCGGCGGCGCAGUGGCAGCCGGGAGCGGAAGGGGCGCUCCCGCAGUCGGGGUGGGGGGCCCAGCAGGAGCCGCAGCCGCAGCCGGGGGGGAAGGGGCCGGGCCGCUGCUGCUGCGGCGGCGGCGGUCGAGGGCAGUGCGCCAGGGGCGGCGGCGAGGAGUGAGGGCCCCAGUGGGCGAAAGGCGGCGCAACCUGAGGGAGCCGAUGGCGGCGGUGGUGGUGAGGGUGGCGGGGAGGAGGAUGACACGGCUGGGCUACUGUCGGAGGAGGCGUUGCAGCGCAAGCGAGCCGAGCUGGAGUCGCGGCUGGUUUCGGAGGAGCUGGAGCGGCGUCUGGCUGCCUACGUGGAGGGGCGGGUGGCGGCGGUGCUGGGCAGUGAGGCGGUGCAGCGGGAGCUGCAGUCGCGGUUGGAAAGGGAGCGGAGGGCGAUUGAGGAGCAGGUGGAGCGGGAGCUGGUGGCCGAGCGCGAGCGGGCAGCCCGAGAGGAGGAGGCGCGGCGGGAGGCCAUUCGCGCGCAGCAGCAGGAGCUAGCACACCUGGAGGUGGAGCGGCGGAAGGAGGAGGAGGAGGCAGCUCAGCGGCGGCGCGAGGAGGAGGCGAGGCAGCUGGAGGAGCACUUUCUGGAGCUGCAGCGCCGGCAGCAGGCCAAGAAGGAGGAGGAGGAGAGGAAGAAGCGCGAGGAUGAGGACCAGCGGCGGCAGCAGCAGCUCAUCCUGGGCAAGGGGCGCAAGAAGAUGUCAUUCAGCCUGGGAUUCAAGAUGUGAGGCGGUGCCAGGCCAUGGGGCAUGACGCCAUGACGUGACGUGUGCCAUCGCAGCGGUGACAUCCGCGACUCCUGCCAACAGAUACCUUGAUAUAUACUUCUCACAGCAGCAUUUGUUAUUCCAGGGUUGGCUGCGGCUGGUCAGAGGUGGUGGCCAACGCCUCACGUAUUGGUCCCAGGCGACCCCGCUUUGCACCUUUACAAACCACCUUUCGGUCUAACUCUCGGUUCAAGUGUACACGUGUGUGGGGACCUGGUGCGCAGUGUUGUGCAGCGGCCUGCGGGUGUACAGCGUUGUGCAGUGGCGAUAUGCCAGAUGGCGAGGUGGACGUGGGCAGGUGGGCGAAGGCACAUGAUGGGACAUGGCUUGUACGAUUGGGCGGUUUCGUUGAACUCAUCCUCCGACGUUGGAUGUAGUCGCCGCACACCUGUUACUAUGAGCAUCAGCAUCAGCAUUGAUACAGGAUC